UUGACGCGACGCUCGACCCGGAAGUGGCGCGGGGGGUUUCCCCGUGGUGGGUUCAGCUCGGACUGGGGUACAACUCUUGUAACAACGACGACUGCGAACUACCGCUGACACCUGUGUUGCUGCUGCUGUAGUUGCUGCUGCUACUACUUCUGCAGCAGCAGCUUCUGCAGCUUCUGCAAGAGCUACUGCUGCACUAGCAGUGCACUAGCAGCAGCGGGCGGGCUGGCGGGCGGGCAUCCAGCCGUGCGGACAGCGACCCUGCGUGUUUGCAGAAACAUCCAGAGAGCCCCUUCGCUGCCCGCCCGUCGGGGUCUCGAGAUCGGGGUCAAGUUUCCUGGUGCUGAUUCAAGCGGCGAUCGGGGCGACCAUCGGCUUGCCGGAGAUGGAGGUGGGGAAUGACCCGGCCCGGCCGGCCCUGGGUGACCCCUUCCUGCAGUCGCCCAUAGCCCGCGUCCGCGUCUCCCUCCGCGGACUUCGAGACGAGGCCGAGCGCCUCCUGAGAGAGAAGCCGCUCGGGGCGCCUCAACGCUUCGCGGCGCAGCUCGCGGCGCUGGGCGGGCCGCUGUCGGACCGGUACCAACACGUGGACGUGGAGCGCCUCAUCCAGCCGAACGUGGGGCCGGACGGCAGGGGCCUGAACGCCAUACUCACUGCCCUCUCUGUUCUGGAGAAGUAUGGCCGGAACCUCCUGAAGCCGGACAAGCCCGACUACUGGCAGACCGUCAAGUUUGACAACCCGGUGUUCAAAAACACGGUCGACUGUAUCAAGGGCUCGCGAGAAGUCCUCGCAAAGUUUGGCUACACCGAGCGGCAGGCCGACGGGUUGGCCUUCCCGGACGCGCACGGCGAGCCCGACAUGGACCGCGUCGCCGCCGUCACCUUCGACAUCUACCUGGCGCGGUACGAGGUCGACAUGAUCUUGAAGGGAACUCACCCCAAGCCGGAGCUCUUCUCAUUCAUUUCGCAAGAAGAAAUUGGGAAGUCCAAAGUGGAAAUGCAGAAACAGGUGGCUCAGUUGACCCCUCCCACAAGACCGCAGGUGCAGCCCGCCCACCCUCCCGACAUUCAGACUCCUGCAGGGGUGACGCGACCUGGAAUUCCACCGAAGCCAGCGGAGAGGACAAAGGUUCUGGCCGGGAACCAGAGGGCAGAAUCCGAGAAGCACGUUGUCCCCGCCGCCCCCACAGGGGUGACGCGACCUGGAAUUCCACCGAAGCCAGCGGAGAGGACAAAGGUUCUGGCCGGGAACCAGAGGGCAGAAUCCGAGAAGCACGAUGUCCCUGCCGCCCCCACAGACGAAUGCGCCAUUUGUGCGGAGCCUCCGGACGUGCGCUGCCCCACCUGCGACAAGUCGCUGUGCGCCGACUGCGACACCAAGAUGCACACGCACCCUUCCAGGGAGGCCCACGAGCGCGUCCCGCUGGCCUCGCCCGUCUCCAUGUGCGACAUCUGCGGAGGAGACGCCGUGAUGUCGUGCGUGUCCUGCGACAAGCGUCUGUGCACCGACUGCGACGGAAGCUUCCACAGGCAUCCGCGGCGCUUCGAGCACGAGCGGGUGAACCUCAAAACGGGAAGGAUCACCAAGCAGGUGACGAGCCCAGAGACGAAGGAGCGGCCGCCUUUCCUCAAGCCGAUCGUCCUCCGCCAUCUCUCCAUGCCGGCCGGCAGCGAGUGGGAGUGCCCGCGCUGCUCGGGCAGCAACCUCUCCACCGUCUACAUCUGCAGGCACUGCCAGGCGCCGCACCCGCCGCUAGACAUGAGGAGCCGUUCCUCGGACGCCGAGAUGGCGUUCGAGGCGGGCGACGGCGCCGCCGCUCCCCCUCGACCGCCAGCGACGUGGGAGUGCUCCACGUGCACGCUGGUGAACCAGGCGUCCGCGGUGCUGUGCGGCGCCUGCAACAGGCCCCGGCAAGCCAACAAGCUCAAGCCGACGGCGACAGAGGCCGUGCCGCCGGCGAGGCCGCCGACGCCGCCCGCCGCGCCGCCGGGGAUGUGGCACUGCGAAGCCUGCACGAUGUUCAACGAGGCCAAGGCCAAGGUGUGCGUGGCCUGCGACCGUUCCAAGGGGGCCCGCGCGCCCCGGGCCGCGGUCGAUCGCCAACCGGGGGCCGACGUCGCCGUUGCGCGCCAGCGGCCGUCGGAGCCGCGCGGGCCGCGGCACGGCGACGCCGCGAUGCUGAUGGCGCAGGAGCAGCGGCGCAAGAUCCUCCAGGAGGAGGAGAAGUCGAAGGGAAUCGAGCUGAUCCGGCUAAUCAGGAGCGGAGAGCACCAGGGCUUCUCGGCGAGCGAGGUGUACUGCAGCCUGCAGGCGUCGAGCCGCCCCAAAGCGCUCGAGUGGCUGCGCGGCGGCGGGUUGGACGAGUGCCUGGACACCAUCGUGGCCAUGGCCGAGAACCUGCCGCACGCCGGUUACGGGGGCAGCCUCUCCCGGCAGGAGGCCACGGACGCGUGGAUCGCCGCCGACGGGAACAUUGAGGCGGCGGCCGAGGAGUGCUUGCGAGCGCGCAGAGUGAAGAUCGCCGAGAUCCUCCGGCUGGGCCGCUACGAGGUGGCGGCCGUGGCUGAGAAGCUGAAGCUGAAUAGCGGGGACGUGGACAAGGCCCUCGUCGCGCUCCAGGGGGAACUCCUGCGGCCGUCGGUGGACCGGUGCUGGCACGCGCCGGCCGAGGACGCCAUUCUCAGCGACGGCGACGACCAGAGAAAGCUGCGUUUCCUGCUGGCGCGCUACGAGCUGCAGAGCUGGGGCCGUGCCACGCUGGCGCUGAAGCUGUUGGCGGAGGAAAACGAACAGUACCAGCUGGAGGACGUCGUGCGGGCCGUGCGCGACUUCAACGACCUCGAGCGGGCGAGGCAGUACCUGAAGAGAGAGUGCCCCAUCUGCUUUAGCAUCUUCCCCAUGCACGGCAUGGUGAACAUCAUCUUCUGCCAGUGCGCCGUGUGCGUGGCGUGCUUCAAGUCGAACUUCACCUUCAACAUCAAGGAGAAGAACAUUGCCAACCUGACGUGCCCCGUUUGCAACGCUUCACACCAACCCGACGAGGAGAGCCGCACCACUUUCUUCUCUCUCCUGGACGAGCAGUUCAGGAAUUAUCUGGACCCGGAAGUCUUCCGGCUGUUUGAAAACAAAAUGAGAGACCGUGCUCUCUACAUGAUGCCCAACUUCCGCUGGUGUGCGCACUGUCCAAACGGAAGCAUCCACGACGCGCUGCGACUGCGCAUGGACUGCACCUACUGCAACAAGAGCACGUGCUCCAAGUGCAAGAAGCCGUGGGAGGUGCAGCACGAGGGCCUGACGUGCGAGGCGUUCCACACGUGGAAGCUGGACAACGACCCCGAGAUGCAGGCGGCCGGCCUCGCUGCCUUCCUCAAGGAGAACGGCAUCGCGUGCCCCAAGUGCAAGUUCCGCUACGCCCUGGCCAAGGGCGGCUGCAUGCACUUCACGUGCGGGCAGUGCAAGCACGAGUUUUGCAGCGGCUGCUACAACCCCAUGUGCAGGGGCAACGAGUGCGGCAUGGGCUGCACCCACAUGGGACUGCACGCGCACCACCCGCGCGACUGCCUGCACUACCUGCGUGACUGGGACAUCGCGCGGCUGCAGGCGCUGCUCACGGACCACAACCUCGCUUUCAACGUGCAGCCCAGGCUCGGCACCGUCGCCAACACCGGAUACUGCGAGGUGUUGGAGCAGAAGGACAUGGCUAACGGGUUGCGCGACGAGCCGUGCGGCAAGGCGGUCGCCGACCAGCAGGCCGGCCUCUGCGAGCUGCACUACAAGGAGUACCUGGUGAAUCUCGUCAACGAGAACUCCGUGGACCCCGUGCACCGCUACGACAUCAACGAACUCCGGGUGGAGAUGCAGCGCAACGGCCUGGCCGAGCCGCCCCGCGCCGCCAACGAGGGCAACGCCAAAUACCAGCAGCGGCUGCUGCAGGAAAUCCUGGCCAAUAUCCCCCUGGUGAAGAGGGACUGAGGAGGACAAGGAGGUGGUGGAGGUGGAGG